AUAAAAGCAAAAUGAUGCAAGACUCAUAUAAGACUACAUCAUAACACAUUAAUUUUGUUCUCACACCCUUACAUUAGAAAAUAACCUUUUUGUACUAUUAUAAACCUUUCAUUAAUUCAUUUGAAAUUGUAGCAGCAAAUAAUGUCACACAAAUUGACAAAAGAUCAGAUUGCUGAAUUCUGGGAAGCAUUCUGCCUCAUUGACAAGGACUCUGAUGGAUUCAUAACUGUUGAUGAAUUGAUAACAAUUAUCAAAGCAUUAGAGGGAAAUCUAACAAAAGAAGAAAUUCAAGAAAUGAUUAGAAAAACCGAUAUUGAUGGAAAUGGCAGGGUAGAUUUUGAAAAGUUCUUGCAUAUUAUAGAAAUUAAAAUGAAGGAGUAUUUGACUGAGGAGCUAAAAGACUCAUUCAAAGUAUUUGACAGCAACAACGAUGGAUACAUAUCAGCUACUGAGCUAAGACACGUGAUGAUGAAAUUGGGAGAGAGGCUCACGGAUGAAGAAGUUGAACAAAUGAUUAGAGAGGCAGAUUUGGAUGGAGAUGGUAGAGUUAGCUAUGAAGAAUUUGUUAAAUUUAUGAUGCUGAAUUGAUCUCCUUUCAUUGGGUUUCCAUUGACAUUUUUUGUAAACUAUUCUACUAUGUAUAUAAAAUAAGGGUUAAUAGAUCUUUACUCCUUGUAAUAUAAGUAAUUUUUGGUUUUUUUCCUGUAAAUCUUUUAUUUUGAUUCACCCCCGUAAAAUAUUUUUAUUUUGAU